AUGGAACUCAAUACCAGUGCCAGACCCUUUCUUCUAACUGGAUUCGUGUGCUUGGAAAAGGCUCACCAUUGGAUCUCCAUUCCAUUAUCUGCAGUCUACACCUCCAUAGUUCUGGGCAAUGGUAUUCUUAUAUUUCUCAUUAGGGCUGACCAUAACCUCCAUGAGCCCAUGUAUUAUUUCUUAGCCAUGCUGGCAACCACAGAUCUGGGGAUGACCUUGGUUACAAUGCCUACAGUGCUGUGUGUGCUGUGGAUGAAUCACAGGGAAAUUAGUCAUGGUGCCUGCUUUCUCCAAGCCUACUUCAUUCAUAGUCUCUCUGUCACUGAGUCUGGAAUUUUGCUAGCCAUGUCCUAUGAUCGGUUCAUUGCCAUCUGCAACCCACUGAGAUAUACUUCCAUUCUUACCAACACCCAGGUGAUAAAGAUUGGAAUGGGAGUUUUUAUGAGGGGAUUUGGUCUCAUCUUGCCCCCAAUAUUGCCUCUCUAUUGGUUCUCCUAUUGUAGAUCCCAUGUCCUCUCUCAUGCAUUCUGCCUCCAUCAGGAUAUUAUCAAACUAGCCUGUGCUGACAUCACCUUCAAUCGCCUCUAUCCUGUUGUAGUGAUGUUUUCUAUGGUUUUACUGGACUUCCUGAUAAUCUUUUGUUCUUAUAUUUUGAUUUUUAAGACUGUCAUGUGCAUUGCAUCUGGAGAAAAUAGGUCCAAGGCCCUCAACACUUGUGUUUCCCAUAUAUGCUGCAUCUUGGUCUUUUAUGUCACUGUCAUUGGCUUGACAUUUAUCCAUCGAUUUGGGAAGAAUGUUCCCCACCUAGUACAUAUUCUAAUGAGCUAUGUAUAUUUCCUUUUCCCUCCUUUUAUGAACCCUGUCAUUUAUAGCAUUAAAACUAAACAGAUUCGCAGUAGUAUACUCCAAUUAUUCUCUCCACCCCCAUCAAGAACAUGA